AUGGCCAAGACCAAGUUCGAGCUCAAGACCCCCAAGGGCACCAAGGACUGGUUCGGCAAGGACAUGAUCAUUCGCGAGAAGAUCUUCUCGCAAUUGAAGAGUGUUUUCCAGAAGCACGGUGGCAUGGAGCUUGAUACCCCGGUUUUCGAAUUGAAGGAGAUUCUCUCAGGCAAGUACGGCGAAGACUCGAAGCUCAUCUACGACCUGGCCGAUCAGGGUGGUGAGAUUACAUCUCUGCGAUACGACUUGACCGUCCCCUUUGCGCGAUGGCUCGCCAUGAACAAGGACAUCCAGAGCGUCAAGCGCUACCACAUCUCAAAGGUCUACCGUCGUGAUCAGCCCGCCAUGAACAAGGGUCGCAUGCGCGAGUUCUACCAGUGCGAUUUCGAUAUUGCCGGCACCUACGACUCCAUGCUCCCCGACGCCGAGAUCCUCCGCAUCAUCGUCGAGGUCUUCGAGGGCCUUGGCUGGAACGGAAACUACACCAUCAAGCUCAACCACCGCAAGAUCCUCGACGGUAUCUUCGAGGUCUGCGGCGUCCCCGCUGACAAGAUCAGGACGAUAUCUUCUGCCGUCGACAAGCUCGACAAGCUGCCUUGGGAGGAAGUGCGCAAGGAGAUGACCGAGGAGAAGGGACUGGACGGAGAGGUUGCCGACAGAAUCGGCGAGUGGGUAAUUCAGAAGGGCAAGCAGGAUCUGCUUCGCAAACUGCAGCGGGAUGACAAGCUAGCCGCCAAUGCCUCCAUGAAGGCUGGUAUGGCCGACUUGGAGCUCCUUUUCAACUACCUCGAGGCCUUUGGCACGCUCGACAGAGUUUCCUUCGACCUGUCGCUCGCUCGUGGCCUCGACUACUACACUGGCCUCAUCUACGAGGUUGUUACGGAAGGAUCUGCCCCUGCUGCUACCCCCGGUGCGGACGACACAACAGUGAAGUCCAAGAAGAAGAGCAAGAGCAAGGACAAGGACGACGAUGACCGCUCAGAUGACCCGAGCGUUGGCGUUGGAAGUGUCGCGGCUGGAGGACGAUACGACAACCUCGUCGGCAUGUUCUCUGGCAAGACACAGAUUCCUUGCGUUGGUGUCUCUUUCGGAAUCGAGAGAAUUUUCAGCAUCACCAAGGCUAGAAUGCAGGCCGAGAGCGAAGCCCCUCAAAGUACCGUUGACGUGUUCGUCAUGUCGUUGGGUUCAAAGGCUGGUCUGAUCAAGGAACGUCUCGAGGUCUGCUCCAAGCUGUGGGAUGCCGGCAUCAAGGCCGAGUUCCUCUACAAGGUCAAGCCUAAGCUGCCUCCCCAGUUCAAGGCCGCCGAGUCCAACGCGACACCGUUCGCCAUCAUUCUCGGAGACGAUGAGGUCCAGAAGGGAGUUGUCAGGAUCAAGGAGCUGGGUCUGCCCGAGGGCCACCCUCAAAAGGACGGUGAGCUCGUCGACAUGGCAGCACUCGUCCCCCAGGUGCAGAAGCGCCUGUCACGGAAGCGCGAGUUGGAUGACUUGGCAAGGGGAGCCGAGGGACUGAGAGUCGUUGGAGGCCUGAAGGGCGAGGACGUCAAGAGCGCAUCGGCGUCUGAGGUCGGCGCUGCGGCGGAGACCCCGGCUGCUGCUGCUGAGGCGCCAGCUGCCGCACCCGCGGAGGAAGCCAAGCCGGCGGCGGAAUCGACAGAGGAAAGCAAGCCCGAGUCAAGCGCAUAG